UACCAUACAUGUACAGCUCUAGAUGAAGGCUUCCCAAUGCUGUGCGGGUAUUGGGAGGUUAUUUGACCAUGCUUAGCCACAGAUGAUGAUUAUUGAUGUGCCUAAAUGUAGUCAUGUUAAGGUAGUUUGUUAUGCAAUUCGGACCUAGUUUUCCUUAAGAUUUAUGGAUAACAAUUGAAUCUAAAUUCUUUAUAUGUGAAAAUUAUCGUGGCAAAUUACAUCUAAAUGUGAUUUUAAUGUUUGCAGAUGUCACUACGGUUUGUUUAGAAUGAACAAAGAAGCACGUUGAACUGUAAAGUGGGAUGUUUAGAAUACUGUGUGACUACAUUCACAAGAGAAGUGUCUUGUUUCAAUGUCUGCCCAAAUCCUAAUUUUACUCGAUACUAGAUUACAAAUAAUCAAAAAAUGACAGGCCAUCUGUAGCCACUGUCACCAAAGUGUUAUUUAUCAAAUAUAUGAUGCAUCAUAUGUGAGAAAUCACUUGUGUAAAAUAAAGAUAAUACAAUGGUUAUGCCUAUGACAUAAAUGCAUAAUAAUUGUCAUUGCUGAUCAUCCACAAUUGGGGUCUGGAACGGUUGUGCAGUGGUUAUUACACUGCACUGAGAUCGAUUUCUGGCCACGGCUGACAUCAGUGGCGAGUGAUAUCUGAACGGGUCCUUGGGGCACCCCCCACCUCCUCCUUAGAGUCAGGCAAACCUCGCACUGACCAAGUAUAGUCAAACAGCCCACGCGACCGAGAGGCGUUGGAAGACCCUCAUCGAGCAUUGUAUAGGGCUCGAGUUACGUCUUACUGAGUAGCCAACCAUGUAAAGUUGUAGCCGCGGAAGCUUGUGCGUUUUUUUGGACGGUGCCUGGUUACAGGUUUGCGCUGUUGCGCAAAGACUCGCACGCUUCGCUGGCCAUGCAGGGUGGCGCGCUCUCAAUGUACUACGAUGGCACCCCCCCAGACCCUUUUUCCUUUGCCGUUGUGAAACGUGGACUGUGGAAAGUCGCGAUGGCAAUGGUGUGUGGGUGGCAGGGAGGGGGAACGGACGGGUGCAAAUAAGUUAUAAACGUCUCAGAGGCAACUCUUUUAUCACGCGAGCAAUAGAGCAAGGUUCCUUGAGAGGAAGCCUCAAUCGCCUCUGAAUGUGCACGUGACCGCAGAAGAGAACGGCGACCUCCAAGAACUGGCGAUUGUGCAAGGCUUGAGUCGACGAAUGGACACGGCCAGGGUCUCUCCGAUAAACCCGGAGCCACACGAAGUCCAAAAGCGCUCCUCGGUGGACGAUCAAAAUGUAGUCGCUGUGAAUGAGCGCAUGGAGGCGUCGGGAGACUCGCAGAGGGAAGAUGGCUAUGGUGCCUGUGGAAUCCUGCUGCUCAUCUUUUCAGCAAUAAUGCUGGUCGUCACCUUCCCCAUCUCUGUUUGGCUCUGCAUCAAGGUCGUGCAGGAAUACGAGCGUGCAGUGAUUUUCAGACUCGGGCGAAUCGCGAAGGGAGGAGCCAAGGGCCCAGGUAUUUUUUUGGUCAUACCAUGCACGGACAACUUCAUACGUGUGGACCUGAGGACCAUCUCCUUCCAGAUUCCGCCCCAAGAGAUCCUGACUCGCGACUCGGUGACAAUCCAGGUGGAUGCCGUGGUUUACUACCGUAAGGUCAACCCCACCAUGUCGGUGGCCAACAUUGAGAACGCGAAUGACUCCACGCGUUUGCUGGCCAUGACCACCCUGCGCAAUGUCCUGGGCACCAAGAACCUGUCGGAGAUCCUCACCGACCGCGAGGAGAUGGCUGACCGCAUGGAGGCCAUCCUGUUGGAUGCCACCAAGCUUUGGGGCAUCCGCGUGGAGCGCGUGGAGAUGAAAGACGUGAAGCUGCCCCUUGACCUGCAGAGGGCCAUGGCUGCUGAGGCGGAAGCAACGAGAGAAGCUCGUGCCAAGGUGAUCGCGGCCGAGGGCGAGGUGAACGCGUCGCGAGCCCUCAAGGAGGCUGCCGUGGUGCUCGGGGAAGCGCCGGCCGCCCUGCAGCUUCGCUACCUCCAGACGCUGUCGGUCAUCGCGUCCGAGAAGAAUUCCACCAUCAUCUUCCCGCUGCCCAUGGACCUCAUCAGCACCAUGAUGCAGAAGAAGUAGAAUCUGCCGCGCGGUUUAUUUUGUCGCGUUCGUAAGCGCGCCAUUGUGGGUACCGCUAAUCCAUUUUCAUUUUUACCCGGUUUUGUAUCGGUGUUGUGUGUGAGUUCGAUUCCCCACUCACGGCCACCAAGACCGGUGAUGAUUAUCUGAACCGGUCCUGGGCCUCCCUUACAUCGACUCAGCCUCAUAUGAG